AGUCGCGUCCUGCGCGCAGUCUGACGCGCAGGAGAUCAGCUGAGCAGGGAAAGAGAAGAAGCCGCGGUGUUAAACUGGCGCAGUCUCUCAGCAUCUGCUUGGGCAUUUUUAACAAAGUUUAGAGUCGCGUUUUCCGUCCUGGAUCCGCUUCCAAUCGUUUUGCUGGAAGGCUGGUGCGCCGUGGCUGCUUUUGCGGAGGGGAUGUUGGAGGAGGGCAACGCGCAAAAAUGAACACAGACUGCACCCGACCUUCAGUGGCUCCAACGCCAAGAUUUGUUUGUCACGCCAGCCUGAAGCUACCUUCCCCUCUUACUUCUGCAUCUAGGGGUCCUAAACCUUCAGUAGCCCCAAAACCUAAAGUCAAUGUAGCUUCCAAUGGCAACCUGGAAGGAUUCAGUAAUGGCAGGGCAACAACUUCUGAUGGAGAGGGUUGUGAAGCGAUUGUGAAACAGAAUGGUCUAAACAAAGUUAUUAUGAACCUAUCAACUGGCAAGAAACAUUUGAAUAUCAGCCGUCUUAAAUUUGUCAAAACAGAUUUAGAAACCAUGUUGAAAGGGACUGAGGACAGUGGUGGGACUGAAGAGGAAAAGGAAGAAGAUGAAAGUCAGAACGUGGAUGAGGACUGCAGACUAAGAGACAAUACCCUUAGGGAGGAAGGUUACUCCCCGAAAACACUUUGGGUUAGUGACGACAGGCUCACAGCUGACUCUGAGGUCACAGAGGAAAUGAUUGACUCAGAUGACAUGGAUGCCGAAGGUUGUGAUGGUGGUGAGGCACUGGCUGACACUGACGGCCUCUCAAUGGGAAGCAUUUCUGUUCAUAGUGCUGAAGAUGGGUUGUGUUACCACUCUGCCCUGAAGCAUGAAAGUAUUCAGACAAAUGGAGACAAAAGUACCACGAAUGAUUUAUCAAAGUCCUCUACUGAGGAAAAUGGAAUCUGUGUUAGGGACAGAAUGAUGGACACUGAUGCAAAACAUGGAAGAGAACAAGAGUCAGGUCCUGAUUUGUGUUUUAAAAGCCAGAAGAUCAUGUGUGUCCAUCAGAUUAAGGAAAAAGAAGAAAACCUGCAGGUAGAUGGUUUGUGUCACAUAUAUUCUACAAAGCACAAACAAGUCUGUCAUGGAGAUAUUGAGCCAUUCUACAUCAGCUCUGAUGACAUUGUUAACAUGGAGGCUUCGCUUUCAGAGGGAGGCAUUACGCCUGUAAACGUAACUGGAGUAUCAAUUAGAAAAUACAUAGGAACAGCAGAAGAUGGACAUUUGAUGGACUGCGUGAACUUUGACAAAGAUGAGGAAUAUGUCAAUAAAGACAAGGUUAUGGAAAUGAAAGAUGUAUUGAACUAUCUGGACAACCAGGCAAGGCUCAGACAUGUUGCCAUUUCAGUGCCAACAGACACAGACACCUCAUUGACGUCUUCUUUCUCUGAGAGCCAGUUGCUAUCCCCAAAUGAUUCAGAUGUGUUCAAAGACGAAGAGGACAUGGACGGUCAUAUUGUGCCCUUUCUGGAUGAGACCAUUGACAUGGAACACAAUGUUACUGAUGAACAUGUUUAUGAAGAACCUGGAAAAAGUUCAUGUGCUGAAAGUGGUACUGCUUUGGAUGGCUGUGCUGGCAGUGUUCGAACACGCUCUUUGUCACAUUGGACCACCGCUGCUGUGGGUGAUCGGGGAGUACAAUUCCUCCACAAGACCUACGUUAGUGGAUUAGGACAACCUGUACUGAGCAGCAGCCCAGUGUUAGAUUCAACGAGGCAUAAGAGCUAUUCCAAACCUAAAUAUUUGUCCCUGUACCCACGGUCCUUGUCCAUGGAGGGACACCAUACACCUCUGUGUAUCUACAAGGAGGGAUCUUACAGGCAUAGAGAUGGCAUUUCUUCAUCUGAAAGCUUCUCCAAGUGCUCUCCUCUGUCAUCUAGUGCCCUGUCCACACCUACUUCUUUAAUGGAUAUUCCUCCUCCCUUUGAGCUGUCCUUUAUUACAAAGAAGCCAAUCACAAAGAGUUCCCCCUCACUUCUCACCAGGGAUGAUUCUGCAGAGAAGGACAGGAAAAAGAAAUCCUCCAUUAAGCGCUUUCUACUUAAAUUUGGGUGGAAAACAGACAGUAAGUCAGGAGUAGAUACAAAGCCAUCCUCUUUAAAAUCCUUAGCCGAGGUGCCCGAUUGCACACCAAACAGACUUCUGAAUUUAGACAGGCAGAGCAUUAGUGGUUCUCCACAACUAAAUUUACGCCCAGCCAACAAACCUCAAGGUUCACCUGAGCCUUCAUCCACCUUUCUGUUUUACAAAGAAGGUAAAAGGAAAGGGAACUCUGCCUUUUUAAACCGGAGCGUUAUUCGAGUGGAGUCCUUCGAGGACCGCUCCAGGGUGCCUUUUGCUCCUCUCCCUUUGACCAAGCCUCGCUCCAUCUCCUUCCCCAAUACUGAUACCUCAGAUUAUGAAAAUGUUCCUCCCCUCAGCUCAGACUAUGAGAACGUUCAGGUGCCACAGCGAAGGCCUGUUCAGCAGAUGCCACUCACAAACUUCUUUAAUCAUCCCAGCCGCGUCUUGUCUACAGCGAAUGAGACAGAUGGCUAUGUGGACAUGAAGAGCCUCCCUGGCUUUGAGACAAAACAAAACCUACCAGAACAGGAAACUGAAAGUGCCUACACAGAAGCCUACAAUGUGUGUGCUGUGGCUGCUGGUGCAGUUAGUGACUGUCAGAGGGAGACAGUUGGGGAUGAAGAUCAAGGACGCACCUCUGAGGAAGAAGAUGGUGGGACAGACGUCAACUAUGAACGUCAGACUGAUGGUCGAUCCAGGGCCUUUUAUAUCGUUAAAGAACUGGUGGAUAAAGAGAGACUACAUGUGGAGGCCCUGAGAUUGCUUCAAAAAGACUUUCGGAAAGCUGUAGGAUCUGCUGUCGGGGACGAUGGGCAGCCUGUGUUGGAUGACGACAGACUCAGAGAAAUUCUCAAUGAAUUGCCUGACAUCUACAUGCUGCACCGCAAAAUCCUCACUGAUCUGGAGAGUCGAAUCAGACACUGGGAGGACAGCCAAAGGAUUGCUGACAUUUUCCUGUCCAGGAAAGCGGAGUUCUUGGUCUUCACCACUUACAUCGGCCACUAUGACAGAAGUAUUAGUUUACUGGAGGACAGCUGCAGAGCUUCACCUGCGUUUGCAGCCAUCGUUCAGAAAUUUGAGGAGCAAAGCCCAGUCGGGGAGAAAGUUUCUUUUAAAAAUCAGCUCCUGCAAGUUAUUGUACGUGUGGCUCAGUAUCGCCUGCUCCUCACAGAUUACCUGAACAACCUUUCCCCUGAUUCCAAGGAAUAUGAAGACACCCAAGCUGCUGUAGCAAUUAUGUCGGACAUUUCAGAUCAAGUCAAUGACAGCUUGAUACAGGGGGAGAACCUGUUGCGUCUGAUCAACAUAGCGUACAGUGUUCGUGGCUCACGGGACCUGCUUCAUCCUGGCAGGGUUUUUUUGAAGGAGGGGACCCUGAUGAAGGUCAGCAGGAAGAGUCACCAGCCUCGACAUUUGUUUUUGAUGAAUGACAUUCUGUUGUACACCUACCCCCAGCAGGAUGGGAAAUACAGACUGAAGAACACAUUACCCCUCAAUGGGUUGAAGGUCAGUAAACCAAACAUCCCAAAUGUCCAAAAUGCCUUAAAGAUAGAGGGAUCAGACAUUUCCAUUGUUUUGUCUGCCAGCUCUUUCCUAGAGAGGGAGGACUGGUAUUAUACUCUUAAUCGCACUGUGACUGAACGAGAGAGAGGUCCUGUGGCAUUAAACAGCAACUCUGGAGAGACCAGAGAUCGUCUUUGGCUGUCUCUGGGAGAAAAAGCUCCCACACUUGUUCCUGUCUCACAAGUGAUGAUGUGCAUGAACUGCACUGCAGAUUUCAGCCUCACUGUACGCAGGCACCACUGCCACAGUUGUGGAAGAAUUGUUUGUCGAAGCUGCUCCAGGAACAGAUAUCCACUAAAAUACAUGAAGAACCGCAUGGCCAAAGUGUGUGACCACUGUUACAGCGAGCUAAAAAAUAGAGGGGGAGAAAUGUCCGAGGCUUCAGGCAAAGAUAGCCCUCGGCUGAGUCGCUCCAGCCGUCCCCUUUCUACUGUUUUCCAAAGUAUUCAUCCUCCUAAUAUAUGGAGACAUCGAAAAGGGACUGCCUCUUUUACCCAGCCAACAGUGUCAGAAGAAGGCUCCAUCAGUGGAUCUCUGCAGCGGAGCAAGACAAGCAAAAGGAACUGGAAAAAACUGUGGUUCCUGCUCAAAGAUAAGGUGCUUUACACCUACAGAGCCCAAGAGGAGAAGGUAGCAUCAGAAAGUUUACCCCUUCUGGGUUUCACAGUGAAGCUUCCUGACCAGCAGGGAGGAGAUGCAGUGUCCAACAUUUUCCAGCUUUACCACCAAAACACUUUGUAUUACACCUUUAAAGCUGAAGACAACCUCACAGCUCAGAGGUGGGUUAAUGCGAUGGAGGAAGCCACAAACUUAUAGAAUCCACCAUUCUGCAGCCUUUAUUCUCCUACAAACCCUGGUCUCUUAAAAAAAAGUGACUGGGUGUGAACCAAGCUGGAAAGACGAUUGAGAAGGCUCUCUUCUGUUUGUUGGCAUGUGGUGACCUGCCUUGCUAAACUGAGGGGAAGAAGACAUGGUGUUCUUUAAAAAAGAGGCCAAACUCGACCUACUUUGUCCUUCUGCAGCGUCCCCUCCCUACUGAUACGGCAGGUGUGAUGCCAAGGGCUGCAGGAGAUGUUGGCCCAGAUACCUGCCAGUGUGGAGCACGGCCUGUCAGCUAUAACUCACUGCCCCAUUUCUAGGAAUUCAUUGGAUUUUACAUAUUAAACAAGUAACAAACAAACAAAAAAAAGUUAAAGAAAUGUUUGGACAGGUUUAAUUAUUAAUCUGAAACUGAACAAAAUGGCAAAAGCACUUAUUUUGCCGUUUUUUACAUAAUUAACACACUGAAGCCUUAGCCAAUUAUUGCAAAUGGACCCAUCUUUUAUUUGAAAUAGUUAUGCCUUAAUUGCAACAUGUGCAAUUUUUUUUUUUUACUGCAUUUAAAGCACUUGCAUAGAAUGCAAGAAUCUGUUUCAUGGCUGUGUACCUUAUUGUUGGAGAUAGUUGUUUGGGUAUAUCCGUUUUUUUUUUUUUCCUGCUUGCACAGAUAUUAAAGGUAUACUUCAGGAUUUCUGACAAGAGAAGCAGUUGACAAUUUUCCUACUGUAAAUAAAUGUAAUAAAGUCUAUAUUAUUUGAUCCAUGGAGCUGAGGGUACCAGGGUAAGGAAUAGGCUAAGGUCAAACAUCUUCUGUUUUAAGAGCACUCAUAUUUCAAACUUGCAUUGAUAUCUCUACUCACAGGGAAGUUGGAGGUUGUGGCCGCCACUGAUCCUCCUGCAUGAAACUUCUGUGGAUGAAGCACGGAAAAUGUUUUCAUUCUAAUUUAAAGUGGUGUAAAAAUACUUCAAUUCUAUACUGCUCUGUUUUCUGCUAGGUACAGAUAAACAACAAAUUAUUAAUAACACUGGAAUAUUUAGAUUUACCAUACGCUUUAAAUGUAACAAUUUUUUUUAAUGGGGGCUAAAGAAUAGGGUGAUGCAAAAAUAUCAACGUUAACAUGAAUAUUGCCAUUACUGAUAGGGAGGUUUUGACUGCCAAUAAAUACUGAAAAGGAA